GAGAGAGAGAGAGAAUAUGCGUGUGUGUUGUGUUUCGUUCGUGCAUCAAGAUGGCGGUGGCUCCUGACAGCAGAGUGCUCUCCUACAGUGUUUAUAAAUGGAGCUCGUACUCCUCUACAUAUUUACCCGAGAAUAUUUUAGUGGACAAACCUAACGAUCAGUCUUCCAGGUGGUCAUCUGAGAGCAACUACCCUCCACAGUACUUGAUCUUAAAACUGGAGAGACCAGCUAUCGUUCUGAGCAUAACCUAUGGCAAAUAUGAGAAAACCCACGUGUGCAACCUGAAGAAGUUCAAAGUGUUCGGAGGCAUGAGCGAAGAAAACAUGACAGAACUCUUGUCUAGUGGCCUUAAGAAUGACUUCAACAAGGAGACAUUCACGCUAAAGCACAAGAUUGAUGAGCAGAUGUUUCCCUGCAGGUUCAUUAAAAUAGUGCCUCUGAUGUCAUGGGGGCCCAGCUUUAACUUUAGCAUCUGGUAUAUUGAAUUACACGGCAUAGAAGAUCCAGACGUUGUCCAGCCCUGCCUUAACUGGUACAGUAAGUACCGUGAACAGGAGGCCAUCCGCCUGUGCCUGAAACACUUCCGGCAGCACAACUACACAGAAGCCUUCGAGUCCCUGCAGAAGAAAACACGGAUCGCUCUAGAGCAUCCCAUGCUCACACACCUCCAUGAGCGGCUGGUCCUCAGAGGAGACUUUGACGCCUGCGAGGAGCUCAUAGACAAAGCUGUGAGAGAUGGUUUGUUUAAUCAGUACAUCAGCCAGCAGGAUUAUAAGCCACGCUGGAGUCAGAUCAUCCCCAAAUGUAACAAAGGUGAUGGUGAUGAUAACAGGCCGGGCAUGAGAGGAGGUCAUCAGAUGGUCAUUGAUGUUCAGACAGAAACUGUGUAUCUGUUUGGUGGCUGGGAUGGAACGCAGGACUUGGCUGAUUUCUGGGCGUACAGUGUGAAGGAGAACCAGUGGGCCUGCAUCUCCAGGGAUACAGAGAAAGAGAACGGUCCCAGUGCUCGGUCGUGUCACAAAAUGUGCAUUGACUCUCAGCGGAGACAAAUCUACACGCUGGGCCGUUAUCUGGACUCCUCUGUCAGAAACAGCAAGUCACUAAAGAGUGACUUCUACUGCUAUGACAUUGACGCCAACACAUGGACUCUCCUAAGUGAAGACACGUCCGCUGAUGGAGGACCCAAACUCGUGUUCGACCACCAGAUGUGCAUGGACUCUGAGAAACACAUGAUUUACACUUUUGGUGGUCGCAUUCUGACGUGUAACGGCAGCGUGGAUGACAGCCGAACGUCAGAACCUCAGUUCAGCGGACUUUACGCAUAUCACUGUCAAGCUGGCAGCUGGAGUCUGCUCAGAGAAGACUCGUGUAACGCCGGGCCGGAGGACAUCCAGUCCCGCAUCGGACACUGCAUGCUCUUCCACACGAGAAAUCGCUGCCUGUACGUUUUUGGAGGUCAGAGGUCCAAAACGUACUUGAAUGAUUUCUUCAGUUACGACGUUGAUGGUGACCACGUGGAGAUCAUCUCAGAUGGCACCAAGAAGGACUCGGGCAUGGUACCAAUGACAGGAUUCACUCAGCGUGCCACCAUCGACCCAGAGCUCAACGAGAUUCACGUUCUAUCAGGACUCAGCAAAGACAAAGACAAGCGCGAGGAGAAUGUACGCAACUCCUUCUGGAUCUACGACAUUGCACGCAACAACUGGUCGUGUGUUUAUAAGAAUGACCAGGCGGUGAAAGAAAACCCCACUAAGGCCCUGCAGGAAGAGGAACCUUGUCCUCGUUUUGCUCAUCAGCUUGUCUAUGAUGAGUUGCACAAGGUGCAUUACCUUUUCGGUGGAAACCCGGGGAAGUCCAGCUCACCCAAAAUGAGAUUGGAUGAUUUCUGGUCCCUAAAGCUGUGUCGGCCUUCCAAAGAAUAUCUGCUUCGACACUGCAAAUACCUCAUUCGCAAAUACAGGUUUGAGGAGAAAGCUCAGACCGAGCCCUUGAAUGCACUUAAAUACCUACAGAAUGAUCUGUCUCUUACUGUGGACCACACCGACCCCGAUGAGACAAAAGAGUUCCAGCUCUUACCCUCAGCUCUGUUCAAAUCCAGCUCAGACUUCAUUCCUCUCGGUUUUUCAGAUGUGGAUCAGACGUAUGCCCAGCGCACACAGUUGUUCGACACACUUGUCAAUUUCUUCCCUGACAACAUGACCCCACCCAAGGGUAACCUUGUCGACCUCAUCACCCUGUAGCCACACCCCCACACAGUAGACCACACCCUCUUUAGACCUCUCAGACUCCUCCCACCCAAAACAGAGGUUAUUUUUCUACAUUUUCCACCCGAGGUGUGCCGUGCCCUCCUACUGUGUUUCUUCCUACAGAAGUAAUGCCACUUAAACAUCACUGAGAUUUACUUACAAUGCAGAAAUAUAAUUUUCUACUUUGGAGUGCCAGGGUUGUGCUUUUUUAUUUUUUUAUUUAAAAAAAAAAACUGUCAGAAUUAGGUUUAAAUUUGCAUAUCUGCCAAAUUGCACACUGAGUUGAUUUAUUUUUAUUUUUAAACAAAGUUGACCUUAUUUUUCAGGUCUGUUUGAGUUACAUUUUUCAAAUUUUCUUUCAUACAGGUUGAAAUGUAGGUUAUAAAUCCGAACAGUUUAAAUCAUAAAUGGGUGGAUUUGAUUUGUGAACUGUGUGAUCAUCAUGUUCGUUUUUGCUUUGCUAUUUUAAAUCAGAUUUUAAUGGACAAACACAUGUGCGGUGAGCUAGUGGAGGCCGAAGAAAAGAUCAGAGUGCCCUCUAGAGUCAGUUCUCUCAGUCUAGUAGAUCAGUUCUGUUCACUCUCAGUACUGGAUUUAAAUACUGGCUUUCAUUUAAACCUGCUGCUGCUAUUUAUUGCUGCCCUGAAAUUAGUGCUUUCUUUGACUCUUUAAUAGUGAUGAAAUGCAUUAUUCCAUGAUUAAGUUCUCAUCCACAGAUCUUAAAAGGAAUACAGUGACAUGUUUAAGGUUUUAUGCACAAACAUAGGUACACAAGAACUGUUUUCCACUGUGUGUAGGAAUGCAAAUAUUAUGAUCCUUCAUGGCAGCACUUUGUACUUUAUAACAGGUCUUUACAGUUAUAUCCAUUAGCGAAUGGAUAAAGAACACUUUGCUGCAAUUAGACGAACUGAAGACGUGGAUUAUUAGAUUUUUUUUUAAAUGUAGAUUUACUUCAGUUUGUGGCUGCUUUUGACUGUAACUCAAUAUAGUCCUGUGUUACAUAUACUUCAGCUUACUGGUACCAACUCAAAGAAGCCUUAUUGGGACCACCGGAGACAGAAGAGACCCCUCACUAUUUAUUAUUAUUAUUUCUUGGUGAACUUUAGCCCUGAAUGUCAUGUCUUGUGUUUUGUCUCUGUCUAUGAUGUCAUAGAGACGUCUAUAUGUGCCCUUCAUUCCGUAUGAGCUUCCGGAUUGUUUACAAUUCUGGACCGAAGUGUGAUAGUCUUCCAUAGAGUCCAUCUGGAUUACUUGGUCUCCAUUUGUGUAGUGUUAGUUUAACAGCAGUUAUUUUUGUUAUUUGUCUCCCUGUGUAUGAGUAGGAAGUGUUUGCCCUGCAAAAACAAUAUUCUGGUAAUUGGAUCGAUCUUAAAUUUUCUGUACUUAUGGCUUCACCCACGCAGAAACCAAAGGCUCAAGGAACUAUGAGACAGUACAUUAUGCUUCACCCUGCUGAUUGUGUCAUAUCUCAAUUCCCUGAACUCAGUAUUAGCUGUAAUUUGGCUCUGUGGAGAUACACUCACAGCGCACUGGAGUGUGGAAGUUUGUGAUUGGCCCAUACGUGAUUUCUAAGAUUUAUUGCUCUUUAUUUCUUUCCUGAUGUGAAAGCAAUUCUGGUGUAUAUGAUUUGGAAACCAGGGCUUACUUUUGCCUUUCAUAGAUUUAGCAUUGUCUUUGUGCCAGGAAGAAAGUUCCUGAAAAAAAUGGGUAUGAAAACAGUGAAAUCAAAUAUACACGAGAGGAUCGACACUUACAACCGACACUUAAUGCCAAAAACGUUUUCUUGCUUUCGGUGUACAUUUUUGCAGUCUCAGAGAUGAAGUGACUUUUUCUCUUCUUCUCUCCUGGAAAUCCUCAUCUCGUGGAGCCCCCCCUCAGCGCUUGAGCGAGGGUACCUUGAGAUGUCAGCACUACACUGUGGCUCUCAUGAAUGUGUAGAACCUAUUAAAGAACUGCAUUGUAUGUAAUGUACAUAAAAGAAUAAAGAUUGUAUUUUGUUCAAGUUUUCUUAAA